GCUUUUAGCAGAAGUAGAGCUGUUAGAUAAGAAUAGAACUCAUCCUUUACUUUUGGAGCUUUGGACUCUGUUUCCAGCUGCUUCCAGUCAUUUGAAUCCUGAAAGCUCCCCUAAUCCUCGCGGAGGCAGCCUUUCUGGCUCCCAGGACCCACCCCCUUACUUCUGAUUGGCGAAGCUCCUCUGCGGCUCAAGCCAGCCACCUACGACGUCUCUGAGAACUGAUUUGAAAUAAGAGCCAGGCGGUCCUCGCUUCCCUGCGACCGACUUUUCAUAGGCUGGGGGAGAAAAGGUUGAGAAACUUGACAUUGUCUCGGGCAGAGUGCGUGUAGCAACAGAUCAAAGAAAAAGAGGACGAAAACGUGCUCUUUGCUGCCCGUAGAUUUCGCCGGGUUGCUUUUGUCUUGCGGGAUCCUGUCGGGUUCGGUGUUUCCGCUCUGAAGACUGCGGCGCGGGCUCCGAUGCAGCUCGCUCCCUGCCGGAUGGGUCAUGGGAUUCUAAACAUGAGGCAGAUAGCUGAUCAGCUUCCUUGGGUUUUGCUGAUGACACAAGAGAGCUUUGCCUGAAGAUGGAAACACUGGAGUCAGAACUGACCUGCCCUAUUUGUCUGGAGCUCUUUGAGGACCCUCUUCUACUGCCCUGCGCACACAGCCUCUGCUUCAACUGUGCCCACCGCAUCCUAGUAUCACACUGUGCCACCAACGAGUCCGUGGAGUCCAUCACCGCCUUCCAGUGCCCCACCUGCCGGCAUGUCAUCACCCUCAGCCAGCGAGGUCUAGACGGGCUCAAGCGCAACGUCACCCUACAGAACAUCAUCGACAGGUUCCAGAAAGCAUCAGUGAGCGGGCCCAACUCUCCCAGUGAGACCCGUCGGGAGCGGGCCUUUGACGCCAACACCAUGACCUCCGCCGAGAAGGUCCUCUGCCAGUUUUGUGACCAGGAUCCUGCCCAGGACGCUGUGAAGACCUGUGUCACUUGCGAAGUAUCCUACUGUGAUGAGUGCCUGAAAGCCACUCACCCGAAUAAGAAGCCCUUUACAGGCCAUCGUCUGAUUGAGCCAAUUCCAGACUCACACAUCCGGGGGCUGAUGUGCUUGGAGCAUGAGGAUGAGAAGGUGAAUAUGUACUGCGUGACCGAUGACCAGUUAAUCUGUGCCUUGUGUAAACUGGUUGGGCGGCACCGCGAUCAUCAGGUGGCAGCUUUGAGUGAGCGCUAUGACAAAUUGAAGCAAAACUUAGAGAGUAACCUCACCAACCUUAUUAAGAGGAACACAGAACUGGAGACCCUUUUGGCUAAACUCAUCCAAACCUGUCAACAUGUUGAGGUCAAUGCAUCACGUCAAGAAGCCAAAUUGACAGAGGAGUGUGAUCUUCUUAUUGAGAUCAUUCAGCAAAGACGACAAAUUAUUGGAACCAAGAUCAAAGAAGGGAAGGUGAUGAGGCUUCGCAAACUGGCACAACAGAUUGCAAACUGCAAACAGUGCAUUGAGCGGUCGGCAUCACUCAUCUCCCAAGCGGAACACUCUCUGAAGGAGAAUGAUCAUGCGCGUUUCCUACAGACUGCUAAGAAUAUCACCGAGAGAGUCUCCAUGGCAACUGCAUCCUCCCAGGUUCUAAUUCCUGAAAUCAACCUCAAUGACACAUUUGACACCUUUGCCUUAGAUUUUUCCCGAGAGAAGAAAUUGCUAGAAUGUCUGGAUUACCUUACAGCUCCCAACCCUCCCACAAUUAGAGAAGAGCUCUGCACAGCUUCAUAUGACACCAUCACUGUGCAUUGGACCUCCGAUGAUGAAUUCAGUGUGGUCUCCUACGAACUCCAGUACACCAUAUUCACCGGACAAGCCAACGUCGUUAGUCUGUGUAACUCGGCUGAUAGCUGGAUGAUAGUACCCAACAUCAAGCAGAACCACUACACGGUACACGGUCUGCAGAGCGGCACCAAGUACAUCUUCAUGGUCAAGGCCAUCAACCAGGCGGGCAGCCGCAGCAGUGAGCCUGGGAAGUUGAAGACAAACAGCCAACCAUUUAAACUGGAUCCCAAAUCUGCUCAUCGAAAACUGAAGGUGUCCCAUGACAACUUGACAGUAGAACGUGAUGAAUCAUCAUCCAAGAAGAGUCACACGCCUGAACGCUUCACCAGCCAGGGGAGCUAUGGAGUAGCUGGAAAUGUGUUUAUUGAUAGUGGCCGGCAUUAUUGGGAAGUGGUCAUAAGUGGAAGCACAUGGUAUGCUAUUGGUCUUGCUUAUAAAUCAGCCCCGAAGCAUGAAUGGAUUGGGAAGAACUCUGCUUCCUGGGCGCUCUGCCGCUGCAACAAUAACUGGGUGGUGAGACACAAUAGCAAGGAAAUCCCCAUUGAGCCUGCUCCCCACCUCCGGCGCGUGGGCAUCCUGCUGGACUAUGAUAACGGCUCUAUCGCCUUUUAUGAUGCUUUGAACUCCAUCCACCUCUACACCUUCGACGUCGCAUUUGCGCAGCCUGUGUGCCCCACCUUCACCGUGUGGAACAAGUGUCUGACGAUUAUCACUGGGCUUCCUAUCCCAGACCAUUUGGACUGCACAGAGCAGCUGCCGUGAGCGUCUGGCCACAUGGAGCAGCUUUCUGGGGAACAAAAAGGUUCAGGCCACUAUUUAGGAGACUGAGAAAGCACAGGCUUCAUGAGUGUAAUGAAAUCUCACCAAAAGUGUCCAGAAAUCGGCUCAGAUAGGGCUCAAAACAGGAGAUUCCUCUCCUUUUACUGUGUCUUGUAUUAAGUACGGGCUUUAAUAAUUUCUUUAAUUUUUUUUUUGUAUUUAGAGGAAAAUCUAUAGAUUAUUUAUAAGAGAAACAUAAUCGGGAUUACAACUUUUAGGAAUUACUUGGUUUUUGCACAUUAAGAGGCCCAUAAGUUUAUCAGCUAUUUACAACCUGUAUUUCAUCACAAUCUAUGGGCUUGCAAACAAACAAACAAACAAAAAAAAACUUUUGUAAUUUUGUAUGUUUAUUCAUCUUCUCACCUAACAUCUCAUAAUGAUCCCAUGAUGUCUUCUCACCUCGAUGGUGCAUAACAGGAAGUGUCUGAACCUAGUAGGGAAGUAAACAGGCUUUCUUACUCUGGUUUAAUAUGAAGUGUUUUAAUUGUGGUGUCAAAAACUUGUAUCAGAUCAACUAAAAUGGAGAGCAAGACAGAGAAUGAAAAGAAUUGAUUUUGGACCUUGGACCUUGCCGCGGCUAAAUCUUUACCCUCUGAUAGCUGAUGAGAUAAUGUUGGAAAGAAAGGUUCUGAAUCCUUUGGCCGCAUUUUGCCCUGCUUCGCUCAGGGUUAAGGGUUCUGGAAGAACAUUAAGAAUGAGAUUGCAAUUGAAAAUAGUCAUUUUGAAUCCUAUUGAUUAUUCAAAACUUCAGGCUGAUUUGUCUUUUUCGGAGGUAGGAUUCUGUUUUAUGGUAUAAAAUCUACUUUAUCCUUCCUUUUAAUAGUUUCUUUAGACCUGUGACAGCUCUUCACUACGUUUAAUAGUUAUCCUAUUUCCCCCUCCCCCAUAUCAAUUUUCCUUUUGUCUCUGGGGCUGAGUAGAUAAACAUGUUCUGUCACAAAUA